AUGGCAGAAGCAGAUUUACUAUCGAGUCAAAAGCCAUUGCCGACCGAACCAGUUGUACAGGACUCUCUUCGUGCACCAGCAGAAGAACACAGGGAAGCACCAACGCAAUCUAACAAUGACCAUGACCAUCUCACCCCAAAGAAAACAUGGCGUUUCUGGGCUGUGUUCCCAGCACUAUGCGUGACAACUUUUCUCUCAGCCCUCGACACAUCCAUUCUCUCAACUGCCCUUCCCACAAUCGCCCUUGAGAUUGACGCCGGCGAACUAUACAUGUGGAUCACAAACUCAUACAUUCUAUCAUCGACGGUAGUCCUACCACUCUUUGGCCAGACCGCGAACAUCUUCGGUCGAAGAUGGAUGUUGAUCAUCUCGGUUGUCCUAUUUGCCUUGGGGAGCGGCAUGGCCGGUGGUUCGAAGAACACCAGACUGCUUAUCACGGGACGAACAAUCCAAGGCAUCGGCGGCGGUGGUAUCAAUACCCUCGUGGACAUCGUCAUUUGUGACCUUGUCCCCCUUCGUCAGAGAGGUAAAUAUGUCGCGCUCAUGGCAGCUGUGUGGGCAGUUGGAACAGUGAUCGGCCCCUUGCUAGGCGGUGCAUUCGCCCAGUAUGUCUCGUGGCGUUGGGUCUUCUAUAUCAACCUACCGCUUUGUGCUGCGUCAAUUCUGCUGCUAGUGCUAUUCCUGCGAGUCACCCACCCGCGCAGUGGUGGUACUGUGUGGCACCAGCUCAAGCGGGUGGACCUCGUUGGUAAUUCUAUCCUUACAGCUGCCGUUAUCUCGAUUUUGCUCGCUCUCACUUGGGCUGGAACAACCUAUGCUUGGUCUUCAUGGCGUGUUAUCUUACCUCUUAUCCUAGGAUUUGGAGGACUCUUCCUUUUCUACCUGCAUCAGAUCUCACGAUUCUGUGCCGAGCCCUCAAUUCCACUCCGGCUGUUCUCAAGCGGCACUGGAACCUGCGCACUGUGGAUUGCUUUCCUUCAAUCUGUCCUGCUAUACUGGGUUGGAUAUUUCCUGCCAGUCUAUUUCCAAGCUAUACGUAAUUCGACUGCCACGGAAUCCGGGCUAUACGUGCUUCCCAUCACAGCCGCAAUUGCACCUUUUGGUAUCAUCACGGCAUUUAUCAUCGCCAUCACUGGCAAAUACCGCAUCUUCCACUUUCUGGGAUAUAUAUUCCUCACGAUUGCCAGUGGCCUCUUCUCGCUCCUAGAUGACCAUUCACCUGCUCGCGACUGGGCUGGCUUUCAGAUACUCUUUGGCGCUGGUUCUGGUAUGAUCUUAUCCAGCACCCUACCUCCGAUUCAGGCAUCGCUAUCCGAGUCCGAUGUGGCUACUGCAACUUCUACCUGGGCGUUUAUGCGUAGCUUUGGUUGUAUAUGGGGUAUUGUUAUUCCAACUACUAUUUUCAAUGCACGGGUCCAGGAGCUGCUGUAUCGCGUCAGUGAUGUGUCUCUGCGCGCAAAGCUUGCUAAUGGCGGUGCAUAUGCUAUGACCAGUCAAGGGCUGAUGAGUACCUUGAGUAAUACCCCGAAUCUAAUGGCGGAAGUGCUCAGUGUUUAUCAAGAUAGCUUGCGGUGGGUUUGGUGGAUUUCGAUCCCGUUUGGUGGUGUCGGGUUGCUUCUCUGUAUACCCAUCAAGCAAUUGGAGCUCACGGAGGAGUUGAAUACACAGUUUGGACUACACGAUGCUACAAUAAAUAAAGAGGGGUGA